AUCUCCAGCAAAGCAUAUCUGGAGAGCCAUGGAAGAGUCAGGCUGAGAGGGUUCUGGAAAGAAUCCCAGAUGGUCAAAAAGACUAGAAGUAGCAGGAACGACGGGUGGUAUGAUCAGCUGCAGGCUGCCAUCUUGGAGCUUAUCACUUGUCGUGAUGUCGGGGAUUCCGUUGAUGAUGGUGAAGUGGGCCAUGAGCGACGCCCGCUUAGCAGCUGGUGGGAGUGUGCAGAGGGCGACUGUGGAUUGGAACUGGAAGAACGGAGGCGUUCCAGACAUGUCAUAAAGCACCGACCUGCAGAUACCUCAGAGGUUUCCACCUUAGAAUGGAGCAGAUUGGAUGCCUUUGAGGCACCAUUGCCACCGACUCCUGUGCCUAAGCCCAGAGUUUGUAAGGAGAAUGAGCCGCCGCUAUUCCCCAGGCCGACUCUGACUGGGUCCUCACAAGAUGAAAAACCCGAGGCUUCUCCGGUGCCUCCUUUCGGACGAGAUUCAGGAGAGACUUCCGUCAAAAUACCCGGUGCUUUGGGCGAUAUCAAGAGGAUGGGACCAGUGAUGUUGUGUCCAGCUGUCCCGCAAAAGCUGGGAGACCACCCAGCACCUUCCUUCCAGGUUGGAAUGAGUUUUCUCGAGCCCUUCCGUGGUCUGAGCACUGCAAGCAGCUUGCCACAUAAGCAACAGAAACCAGGUUCCUCUGAGUCCAGAGACAGAGGUGCCCUCGGGAGUCGGUCGGUGAAGAUAAGCUGCCAACAACGAGCGGUUGCGGCAGUUCCGUGCAACCAUUGGUCUCUCUACAUUGCCACCGUGGCUCGACGGCUCUCACAAAACUUUGGGAAGCUGAUGGGUUGCGAUGCCACUUGCCCUGCCAGGGAGAAUGGGCGUGGCCUGGGAGGGAAGCUGGGCCAAAAGCUCCGCAGCGCCUUGCAGCUGGAACCCGAGGCACCAAGUGCAGAGUUGCAGAAGGUAGCCCUGGCUGAGUUGCAGCGCCUUUUAGGGGAGCAGUCAGGCGCCUUUGUGUACCGCCUCUGUCGCGGGGAGGAUCAGGAGGAGGUGAAGCCUGGUGAAAUGAAGAGGAAGCAAUAUCUGAGCUUCAAAUCAUUGUCGCCACCAGCGGAAAGUAUUUCGGACUUGGAGCCCUGGCUUACAAGCCUGGCUACAGAACUGGUUGGACGUCUUCGGGAGGAUCCGACACGCCAACCGCGCAGUCUGGUCUUAUACCACCGCGGCCGUCUCGACUCGGAUCACGGACGCAACUGGAUGGCAGGUCGUACUUCUGAGUUGACAAAGACCAUUAGCCGCUCAAUGGCUUUCCCAGAUUUGCAGAGCAAAGGCGAGAUUGGCCCAGCGGCUGCAAACAUUGUAGCAGCUAAAAAGAUGCUUCUGGAGCGUGUAAGCUCGCCCUUUCCAUGCUCCAGACUCGCAUUGGGAGCCUCUGAUUUUCGGAAGGUUGAGAAGGGGUCUUGCAUUACGUCAUUCUUCUCUCAAAGAGCAAAGCCCGAUGCCGGACAACAUCAAGAACAUCCCACUCAGGAUGAUGUGCUCUUAACACAAGUCGACAUGGAAAGUGAAGGGGCGUCUGAUGUCGAAGGUGAAUCCUUCGAAAAACCGAACUCCAAGGAACUGCCGGCUGCGAAGGUGGCAGAGUUCCACAGGGCCAGUCGACUGCACUUUCUUGGCACCUGGCGUGAACGUUUCGAGUGCUGGCGUGGUGGAGCAGGUCAGAUGCCGCCAGAACACACGGAACAGCUGCGGAAGGAGUUGGCUCCAUUGUGGACGGAGGAUGCUCCUGCACUGUGGGCUCAUCUGGACAUGGACUGUUUCUUUGUAUCCGUGGCUACUCGAGAUGCUGCUAAAGCUGGAGAUAGCUCCAUCUCAGAUGAGGUGCCUGCGGCCGUGGUCUCUGGCCUCGGCCCCAGCUCCGAGAUCUGCUCUGCGAAUUAUGCUGCAAGACGAGCUGGCGUGAACACUCAUCUUUGGUUUGUGGAACGUGCCAUGACCAUGUUGCCUACGCUGCGCCUUUUCCCCAUCACCAGCGAGCUGCUUCGCUCAGUGGAAGACACUUGGAAACAGGUGUACCAGCUUCUUGUAACUGCCUGCAACGACGUCCCGGACAAUGUGCUGAUGCGUUCCUGCGACGAGUCAGCGAUCAGAGUGACUGGCUUUACUGAGCCAGUUGCUUGGGCAGAAGUCUUGCGGAAGGCCGUGUUCGAGCAGACAGGAUGCACGUGCAGUGUUGGUCUUGGACCCACCCAGUUGGUGGCUAAGCUGGCGACGAAGGCCUGCAAACCAAACGGUGUUCGGAGAGUCUUGGACCACGAGGUGAAACCCUUCAUUGGAGACCUGCCUCUGAAGGAUAUGCCGCAGGUGGGCCGCGCAAUGGCUGCGAAGUUACAGGAAAAAGGCCUGGAGAUCUGCUGCGACGUGCAGGCCCUGGAGAAGAACCGCCUCCGCGAAUGGUUUGGUGUCAAGGGCGAAACCUUGUGGCUCAACGCACAAGGGCUCGAUCAGGAGUCAAGUUUGGUGCCGGCGCAGCGGAAGUCCGUGAGUGCUGAAAUGAAUUGGGGCAUCCGCUGUCAAGACAAGGCGGCUGCAGUGAAGAUCCUUUUCGAGGUGGCCAAACAGCUCAAGGAUCGACUGGCAGUUUGUAAGCUGCGUGCCAAUCACCUGACUUUAAAGCUGAAGAUUGCGAUCCCUGGCUGGGUCGAGCCGAUCAAAAAAGGUGGCCAUGGCCAGUGCGAUGACAUCAGCCGGUCUGCCGCCUUGCCGAGUAGCGAAGCUGGUGAAGCUGGUGACUUGGAAUUGUUGCAGAGGUGUGCGCUCCAGCUCUAUGACAUGAUUUCACCAGAUCCUGUGCGGCUGAGAGGCCUAGGCUUGGCAGCGCGACUUGGAAGUUCAGGUGCUGAUGGAACCAAUUCUCGAAGUCCUAAGAAGGCUUCAGCCGGCACUGCGGGGAGCGGCAGCAUUGCGAGGUGGCUUCGCAAAGCACCAGAGCUGGGGAAGCAAGAGCCAAGUAAGGAGUCCACAAGUCUUCAAGAGGUAGCGGAGCCAGCAGAGCCAGCGGACGUCGUAGACUUGGACGCGGAAAGUCAGGAGAUUGGCGGCCAAGUGCCUUGUCCUGUUUGUGGACGGCAGAUUUUUUCAGCCAAUGCCGAUGCGCAUGUGAAUAGCCACUUCGACCAAAGUCAAGCUGUUCAACCCGUUCCCAGAAAAAGACUGCGCUUCUCCGAGCAAGGUGCAAGACCUGCCGAUUCGGAUGAGUGCGUGAUUAUCCUUUGA